ACAAGCAGCUCGCAUUAAAGCAAAUAAGUCCUAUAAAAUGGCCACUUCUUCUGCGCUCACAAUUCAAACCUCAGCCGACACAAAAAUAAAAUCACUUGUUUAGAUCCAUUACAUUGUUAUUGGUUUUGUCUAUCCUUUUAAACUUGAGAAUGGGAACAUUCCCAUUCUUAUGUUCACUUCUUCUCUGUUUCUUGGCAACAAUUACAUUAGCAACUAAAAUAGACACAGGUUGGUUAAGCAGAAAGAGUUUCCCUAAGGGCUUUGUUUUCGGCACCGCCACUUCUGCUUACCAAGUUGAAGGUAUGGCUCAUAAGGACGGCCGUGGUCCUAGCAUUUGGGACGAAUUCAUCAAAAAACCAGGGAUUGUGGCUAAUAAUGCAAAUGGUGAGGUUUCAGUCGACCAAUAUCAUCGUUACAAGGAAGAUGUUGAUAUAAUGGCAAACCUUAACAUGGAUGCAUACCGUUUCUCAAUCUCGUGGUCACGGAUUUUCCCAAAGGGUACUGGUGAAGUAAACUGGAAGGGUGUAGCCUACUAUAACAGACUAAUCGAUUAUUUGAUCAAGCGAGGCAUAACCCCAUAUGCAAAUCUCUAUCAUUACGAUCUCCCUCUUGCCCUCGAGAAGAGAUACAAGGGUUUGCUUAGCAAGAGAGUUGUGAAAGAUUUUGCUGACUAUGCAGAAUUCUGUUUCAAGACAUUUGGAGACAGAGUGAAGAAUUGGAUGACUUUCAACGAGCCUAGAGUUGUGGCGGCGCUUGGGUAUGAUAAUGGUUUUUUUGCUCCUGGAAGAUGCUCCAAAGAAUAUGGUAACUGUACUGAGGGGAAUUCAGGGACAGAACCCUAUAUUGCGGCUCACAAUUUGAUUUUAUCCCAUGCUGCAGCAGUUCAAAGAUACAGACAAAAAUAUCUUGCGAAACAAAAGGGAAGAAUUGGUAUACUGCUGGAUUUUGUGUGGUAUGAACCACUUACAAGAGGAAAACAAGACAAUUAUGCAGCUCAAAGAGCACGCGACUUUCAUAUAGGAUGGUUUAUCCAUCCAAUAGUAUAUGGAGAGUAUCCAAGAACAAUGCAGAAUAUAGUGGGAGAUAGGCUACCCAAAUUCACACCAGAAGAGGUUAAGAUGGUUAAGGGGUCGAUGGACUUCGUGGGAAUAAACCAAUAUACAGCUUAUUACAUGUAUAAUCAACAGAGCAAGCCAAAGACCCCGGGCUACCAGCAGGAUUGGCAUGCUGGAUUUAAUUUCAGUAAAAAUGGUGUCCCAAUCGGCCCUAAGGCAAACUCUUACUGGCUUUAUGAGGUACCAUGGGGUCUAUACAAGGCGAUAAACUACAUUAAGGAGCGUUAUGGCAAUCCCACAGUCAUUCUGUCUGAGAAUGGUAUGGAUGACCCAGGUAAUGUAACACUUCCACAGGGACUGCAUGAUACGAAAAGAAUUCAUUACUAUAAAAGCUACUUGGGUGCCCUGAAAAAGAGCAUCGAUGAGGGAGCAAAUGUUGUUGGCUACUUUGCGUGGUCAUUGGUGGACAAUUUCGAAUGGAGAUUGGGAUAUACUUCACGAUUUGGUAUAGUGUAUGUUGAUUACAAAGACCUUAAGAGGUAUCCGAAGAUGUCUGCUUAUUGGUUCAAAAACAUGCUUCGUAGAGCCUAGAAUCCCUUGAGGGUCAUAUACUCAUAUAUGACCACCUCUGUUUUAUGCUUUGUAAUGGAUUCUAUGAUGUUAAUGCAAUCUGUAAUGUUUCAAGUUCAAUAAAGAUGUUCUUUAGUCCA